UAUAAUAAAAUACAGACGAAUUGAUAAACACCUUUUUAAAGUCGGCUAAAAAUGAAGUUAUUCAUAUUAUUACUGGUAACAAAAGCAUGUUUAUGUUUCGAUGUACCCGCAACAAGUUGCAAAUCUGACUUGAGCAUAGACAACGACAAAUAUAAUGUUUCGGAAACUUACCAUACUGAUGGUGGAUAUCCAACUGAUGCCCAUUUUGAUGACGACGGAAACAUAUUCUAUAUCGAAGCUGGCAGCAAUUUUAAUGGAUAUUAUUUUAACGCACGAAUAAUACCGCUGAACUCGACCACCCCACAAAACAUUCCAGGUCUUCCAGAAGGCGUAAGCUACUCCAUCGCAAUCGACAAAAAUAAUAAGAAAGUAUAUUUCAGUACAGGCGAUGGCAUUUUUUCUUAUGAUUACGAAACACAAAAGGCCACAUUAAUGUCAAAACCGAAUGCAAAAUUUAACAUGAUUUCUAUAGAUAAAGAUGGGAACAAAUAUGUGACGAAAAAUGUUGAUGGAAUUGAAGAAGUAUAUCUCUUAGUAGGUGAAAGCAAAAUCCGCUUCAAAACACUCGAAGCACUGGACGAAAUGGCUAUAGACAAUAAAAAUAAUUUUUAUUUCAUCAGAGACGAGAAACUAUUUGUUUUAAAAUCCACAUUGUCAUUGCCCAUUGUUCUUGGCAAUGUAACAUAUGAUGGAAUGGCACAGAUAUCGUUUUAUGAGGAAAGAGUGUUUGUAGCCAGCAAUAACUUAACAUAUUUUCAUGAAAACGACACAAGGUUUAUGAAAAUAAUAAAUAACAUACCAGAGAAGGUUUCAGCGAUUGCUUUUGAUAAGGAUGGUAAUUUUGUACUUGGACUGCUUGGUAAAUUAUUGCAUUACAAAAAGCAUCAAUGCUAUUUAAGAAAAAACUAAAAAAAAUUCAUCAU